AUGAACAUAACGCUCGAUCCUAAACAAUUUAGAAUUGAAAAAACGACGAGAGGAGCGCCAUGUUUGAUAUUUGAAAAUUAUAAAUUUCGAUACGGGAAUAAAAUGAAAGAUGAAAUACGUUGGAGAUGUACAAACAAACUUUGUAAAGCAACAAUAAAAACAAACGAAAAAGGAAUAACGGAAAAACGAACGGUUCACGAUCACGAACCCAUGAACGAAAGACGAACGGUUAAAAAAAAUACAAAAAUGAUCGAAAGGUUAAAGGUCAAAUCCUUUAUGUUACCCACAAAUAGUAAUUAUAAAGAUGUCAAAGGUGACGUCAAAGAACAAUUUAUUAAACCGAAAACUGAUAAAAUGGCGGCUACGAUAGCUCCAAAAUGUUCUUCUUCAUCUCUACCAGUUAGAUUCAUACCUGGAGAAUAUCGUACCGUACCUGGAGAAUUAUUAGUCGUUAAAGAUAGAUCGAAUCAUUUUAUGGAUUUAUUACUGGCAUUAGAAAAAAUUUAG